AUGGUCAUGAUUGUCACUGGUGUUGUCAUAAAUACUUUCAGAGGUCAAUUCUCAGCAUCAGCAAGUACAGGUUCAAAAGUUUACAUAAACAUUGAAGACACACGUGUGUUGGAACUAUCACAUAGACAUACGGACUCUGAAACUGAAUUGCAAGUUAUUGCCACACCAGUAUACUUCAGUCCAAGCCAAACAAACUUAAUGAAAUUUGAAAUAACAACUUUGAUGGAAUUAAUAUACUUUGAAGACCCAAAAACAGCCGAAGUGAAAAUUAUUGGCAUACUUGAACAAAAAUGGAGAUACCAUGGAUGUCCAUAUUGCAACAAGAAAACAAUGGAAUCAGGAAACACCUAUUGGUGCAGACAAUGUAACAGGGAAGUCCUAGCAGAGAACAAGUAUAGAAUAACAUUGGAUGUAGAAGAUAGAACUACAGUCAGCACAUUCGUUGUCUUUGGAAAGGAAGCAGAAAAUUUAAUCAAAGUUUCAGCCCAGGAGAACAAUGAAAGGGAGAUAUUCCUAGAGAUUAUCAAAUCAAUUAUUGGGAAGACUAUAAAAGUUCAGGUUAAGCUAACAAAGUAUAACUUUGAAGAAGGCAAUGAGAGCUUCAUUGUUACAAAACUUAUCGAAGCUAUUGAAGGUGAUUCACAGAUACAAGCCUAA